CAAGGCGAGAGCGUGGCGCCGAGGCUGCAACAGGGAAGAAGGCUGCAACAGGGAAGAAGGCUGAAACAGGGAAGAAGGCAAGAGCCAAAGUUGCAGGUGGCCCCCCUGCCAGGGGGAAGCAACGUGCCACGAGCGAUAAGGGCCACGAGGGAGCGGGUGGUGGCAGGAGCGAUACGCGGGGCAGCGGCGACGCAGCUGCAAGCACCGCAAGAAAGGGAACUGGUGGUGCGGGCAAGGCAAAGCGACAAGAGCAAUCCUUGACAUCGGAGAGUGGGGAAGAGGAUUCCUCAUCCGAAGAGGACGAUACCUCCAGCGGUACCUCCUCAGAGAGGGGGGAGGAGGAGGAAGAGGAGGAAGAGGAGCAGGAAGGAAAAGUGGUGAAAAAGGGCAAGAGUGGUACCAUCUCGUCGGUGCCUAAAGGAUGUGCACCUAGUGUCAAGGGAGGAAAGCCUGCGCCAGGUGCUCCUGAAGCAGAGGGUGGGGAAGAGGAAUCCUCACCGGAUGAGGAUUCCGAAGAGGACGAUACCUCCAGCGGUACCUCCUCAGAGAGCGGGGAGGAGGAAGAAGAGGAGGAAGAGGAGCAGGAGGGAAAAGUGGUGAAAAAGGGCAAGAGUGGUACCAUCUCGUCGGUGCCUAAAGGAUGUGCCCCUAGUGUCAAGGGAGGAAGGCCUGCGCCAGUUGCUCCUGAAGCAGAGGCCGGCGAGGUCGCGGAGCUGCGCCGCCGAGUGCUCCCCCGUCGACGGGCAACAGAGCGAGUCUCGUAUCAGGAACCCGCCGUCGCUCAAGCGAUUGAUUUAUUGAACGAAUACGAAGAGGAGGACGACAGCGAGGUUGAGAGCGAGGUUGAGAGAGAGGGUGGAGGUGUGGACGAUGCCACCGAAUCAACAGAGUUUAUUUCGGGGGAGGCUACGCCCGACAAAACGUACCAGCCCGGAAUAAUGACUACCCAGGAAUCAACUCCCCAGUAG